AUGUCCAUGAUCCUUUUAAGGUUUUUGUUUUUAUAUAUACCAUUCAUUUUCUCAGAAAAUGUAAUAGAUUCUUCAAAUGAUCCUAAGGAAGAACAAAUUCAAACAGUACCGAGCAUUCUCACCCCUGAAUCGUUCAAUUUUGUUACAUACAAAGAUGUAGACCCUGAUAAUUUAAAAGAGAAUUACUCCGACCAUUUUUCUUUAAUAAAUACUGGCUCAACUUUUAGUUAUGAGAUCAAUUCAGCUUUCAAAUGUAGUGAGGUUAAAUAUAAAGAUACCUUGAUGUGGAUAUAUCUCCCAAAAGAAUCACAAAAUGGCUUCCCAAAAAAAAUUGUAGUCGAUUCCCAUCUUUUCCUAGUAUUCCUCUUUUUCGCCGACCUUGUAAAACUCUAUAAAUGUGAUGAAAGUUUAUGCAAGUUUAUCUCACAAAAACAAUCCUUGUUUAAUCCGACCAGUCUCAGUCUAUAUAAAUCUGAAUCAGGAAGUUUAGUUGAAUUAGAUUCCUCAAAUUUCCUAAGUAAUCAUGGUUUUGAAAUCCAUUACAAACUCCAUGAUACCAGUUCGUUUCCAGAUUCUAGUGACUUUAUUAAGUGCACCCAAAUUAAGUACGCCACCCAUACUCUUUGGAACUAUGGUUCCGACGAACCAGGGAACAAAUAUCCAAAUAAAGUAAUUUUCAACUCCUUUAUAGACUCAAUUAUUGUUGAGUUCGAUACUUUUUAUAUGAUCUAUAAAUACGACGGAAAACAUUUCCACGCUUUAUCAACCGAAAGUUUAAAUGGAACAACACCUGAUGACUUCAAACUCAUUGGAGAAAAUGAUUUAGAAAUCAAUAAGACCGACUAUGAAACCGUUAAUUACCCACACGACAACGCUUUCGCAUAUAAAUUCAAUGAAAAAAAGAUUAUUCAACUUAGAUUUAAAGAUAAAUUAGUUUGGAAUUACCAAAACCAAGAAGUCCCAAAGUUGUUAUACAUAAAUAUUCCUAAAAGAAAAGUUAUGGUUCAAACCCAAACUUUACUUUUAGUUUACAUGUACACUGAUUCUUGGACACUGAUAUUUGAAGGUAAGACGCUUGAUAAGAUUCAUGAUGACGAAUAUAAUCCUCAAGAAUCUGAAUAUGAAGUUGAUAAGGAUGGUUUGAAGGACAAGUAUGUAUUACGUUUAGGCAAAAAACCAUUCAGAAUUAUGGAAUUUAGUUCAAAAACAAAAACCAUUCUUGUUAUGGUUGGAAUUUUCCUCCUAUUCUUAAUAACUGUAUGUCUCAUUAUAUUCAUCAAAUAA